AUGGCGGGGCACGACAGGAAAGCGCUGGAGCUGUACAGGGAGAUGAUCCUCAGCGUGAAACCCAACGCUUCCACUCUUGCGACCGUUCUCGCCGCUUGCACGCGCUUGGGCGAUCUUUCCUCCUCGUUCGCGACGGAGCGAUCCAGUCCAGCCUCGACAGGGACGCAGUCGUGGGCACGACGCUCGUCAAUCUCGCGGUUCGGGGAUGUGAUCACCUCACGGGAGGUGUUUGAUCGGAUGAAGGACACCAUCUCCUGGACUGCGACGGUGGCGGCGUAUGCCCAGCACGGGCAUGGCAGGCAAGCGAUGGAGAUCUUCCAGGCGCUGUGCUUGGAGGGGAUCCAUCUCGACGAGGUGGCCUUCACUAAUAUCCUGGGGGCGUGCAGCCACUCGGGAUUGCUGGACGAGAUCUGGGAGUGCUUCGUGGCGAUGAGAUCUGAUCACGGGAUUCAUCCGGGGGCGGAGCACUACAGGUGUUUGAUCAGCGCUCUUGGGCGAUCGGGCAGGAUCGGUGAGGCGGAGGAGCUGAUCAAGAGCAUGCCAUUCCAGACGGAUUCGAGGGCGUGGAUGGCGCUGCUGGAUGCAUGCAAAACCCAUAAGAGCUUCGAGGUUGGAGCUGGCGCUGGAAGUGCGAUGCUCCAGAGCUCGCGGCUGGGUGGUGGUGAUGGAUCUUUAUAUGUGGCAGUGUCCAAUCUAUACGACAGCCAUUGUUGA